AUGUUUGAUUUAUUCAAAGUUACAUUUGAGUUGGAGAAAGAAAACGAAAACUUAAUGAGAAUUAUUAGAAACCCUCGUAGUUCAGAGGUUUCGGCGGGCAAAAAUAGUUACAGUGAAGGGUUUUGCAUACUAAAUAAACAUACGCAGGCGCAGGAGUGGUUGUGUGAAGAGAAAAAGAAAGUUGAUGACGAACUGGCGUGGCUUCAGAAGACGCAUGGAAAUUUAGAAAGAGAUUUUGAUGAGUUAACUGGUCAGUUGGAGAAAGCACAGGACUUGUUACGAUAUACAGAAGAGAAACUAUCCGAGACGGAGAGCGAAACCCAGGAUUUAAACCGGAAAAUCAAUCUUUUAGAAUCGGAUCUUUCCCGAUCAGAAAAUUUGUUGGAAGAGAAAAGAGUACAAGCAGAGGAGGAUUCUGGAAAGCUUCAAUCAGCUGAAAGCAGGGCGUUAGAAGCUGAACGGAAUGUCGAAAAACUUGAAAAUGAUAUCGACAAACUUACGAAAGAACUCGGAGAAGAACAGAUGAAAUAUAAAACUAUGUGUGAUGAUUUAGAAGAGGCCUGCAACCAAAUGACUGAUUAG